AUGGAUGCAGCUCGGCUUGUACCAUCGAGCCCUACUGGAACUGCAGCAGACUUGAAGAUCCGUCCUGCCGCCUCUCUCUGCUCCUUGACCGUGAGGCCGCGAUGGACCGGGUUGUUUGUGCUGAGCGGAGCCAAGUACGCGGGGAUGACAAACACGCUGACGAUCUUGCUGACCUCCAACUUCCCUCUCAGAGCCGGCAGCAACUUCUCCAUCAUAGGCCUCAACGUCUCCAUCAGCGGGGACUCUCAGUUCGUCUCAGUGUCAGGCGGGGACAUCUUGCAGCAGGCCGUCUGGUCGGCAAGCGAGGGGAGGCUGACCCUGUUUGUGACGAGCCAGGUUAGCUCCGCCUCCUUCACUGUGACUGUACAGAACCCUCCCUAUCCCCGGGAGCCAGUCUUGCUAGGAGCUGAGUGCUUGGGGUGCGUCAGCUUCGCCCCCUCCUACCGAGUCUUCAACGCCUCUCUUGCGAGGGGUCUAGGGGCAACGUCGCUUCUGCCGAGUGUCUGCGGGGAGAGCAGCGGGGGGCUGGCUCUCUAUGGCUCCUCCUGUCAGUUCGAGUGCUAUGGGCUGGUCUCGAGCCAUCACUGCGUGUGCAUGUCCGGCCAGUUCGGCCCGGGCUGCUCGCAGACGUUGGGAGCGCCAGCCGAGACUCAGACGGCGACGGUCUCGUCCGAUAAGGAGACGAAGAUCCAAGGAUCAGGAGGGCUGUCGGUGGUGCUCCCUGCUGGGGCUGUGGCGGGCUCUCAGUCUAUCAGCGUAUCCGUGUACAACGUCUCAGACCUCAACGUGAGCCAAGGGGCCACGGAGAGGCUCGUUCCAGCUGGACCUGUCCUUAUCUUCUCUCCGGCAGGGUUGAAGUUCAACAAGUACAUCACCAUCAGCUCGCCGUAUGACCCCAGCCUGAUCCCAGCUGGGCUGGAGGGGUACCUGUUCUACUACAACGCGAUGGCGGCAGAUCCAUGGGAGCGGCAGGUCACGACGGCGAAGCCAACGGCUACUCCUCCGGUCCUGGAGGCUCAGAUCGACCACUUCUCUGGGUUUGUGCCCCUCGGGGCUGCUCCACCUGCCACGUCACCAUCAUCCAUGACGACUCUGACAACGACCAUGUCUACUUUGCCUUCUCUCGUUCUCUCCUCGUCUACUCAGACUCCGAUUGAUGUUGCCAGCACGUCCUCCACUCCAUCUCCUCAAGUAUUUCAUACCUCUGAUGCGAUAGGCUCUGGCUCCACAGCCCAUGUCAACUCCACUACCUCGAUCUCACUUGCUUCUACUCCGAUGCCCAUGUUCUCCUCCUCCACUUCAUCAUCAUCCUCAGUUGUUCUCUCCACCACACCUUCUCCUACCCAGCUCCCUUCUUUCCAAGUCAGCUCAGCGUCAGCUUUCAACGUUCAGAUUCAGAUCAUUUCGCCCAUGACUAGGUUGUUCUUCGACUCCAAGACGGCUGAGAUCAGAAGCUCCAUCGCCGAGGGGCUCAGAGUCAGCCAGGCGGAUGUCAGUCAACCAGCAGCCGAUCGCUACCUUCGCAGAGCUUCUUCCCGGUCUCUCUCCUACUCAGCAGACUUGAAAGUUGACUCAGCUGUAAAAUUCGUCCAAGACAUCCAGGCGAAUACAUCGCAGACUUUGAUCAGACUCAAUGUUGCCUUCACGCAAAGGAACAUCCCCAACGCUACAGACUUCAGCAUAGCUCUGAUGUCGUCUUCUCUAUCAGCUGGAGCCAUUGCUGGGAUUGUGAUCGGGUCGGUUGUGCUUUCAUCGCUGAUGUUAGCUACCAUAUGGACUUGUCACAGAGCGAGAAGAAACUUUCGGAGGACUGAUCGACUUCGUCGUCCUCCUCUUCCAAUCGCAUCUCUGCUUGACUUCAACCUUGACAGUGAGCUGGAAUUCGGAGAUGUCAUCCUUCGACCUUCUCCCCAUGACCAGGGCUUCUUCGAGCAUCGAUACGUCUGA